AUGGCUUCCCCGAAUUCGCUUUCUUCAGCUUACAAUACCGGCCUAUACCAACAACAAUCGUCCCGAUCGAUGUCCCGAUCCACGGUUUCACGUUCGGGUUCCAGACGGGCCUCUCCGGCACUCUACGCCGAGCCCAAGGCAGCGAUAUCGAAACAUUACUCGGGAGAUAGUUCCGACGAUGAGGUGCCUGAGCCGAAAUUCAGUGCAUCCGUGAAGGCGCUUUUAGACGGAGAUGGACUUGGAUCUUCACCACACCUUCAACCAGGACAACACACUUCGUCAUACGAACGACGGCCUGGGACAAUCUCCAGACAUAGCAGUCAAUCGCCACGCAAUGUCUCACCCCAUGAUCAGUCGAAUGGCAGCCCAGCACCCCGGGUUGUUCGUAUUGGAGCUGUUUCAUCUGCGUCGAGAUUCUCGCGCGAAGGUUCUCCACUCUCCAACAGCUUCUCCAAUAACCAACUUGUUGAGUCAGAAGCCCAGCACCGUCCGAAUGACUUCAUCACCCCCGCGCCUCGACCGCGAAGUGUGAGAAUCAAUACGUCGCGUAGCGGUACGCGAUCCCCAUCUUCCAUCUCGCCAUCUUUGAAGCGUUCCACGGAACGCCAUCCAGUCGAUGAACAUGGCAGCGGUGAUCGAUCAGAUAGUGACCGCAAACCGCUAUAUGAUGAUGAUCCCGCAGCUCGCCUCGGCGCGUCAUCUGUUUUGCGUGGCCGCAAUGGUGAUGAUAUUGGUCCGCAAAGCUCCCUACGAGUCAAGCGGGUUGGGCGACUCACUGGUACAUUUUUGAAUGGACCCGCUCGCCGAGGUGUCUUGCGUCGACAGAGUGAAGAGAAUGAAGAGAAUGAUUUGCUCAAUUACGGUGCUCGAGAAAAUGUUGACCAGCAUGUUGACAAUGUUGAAUACCAAUCCCGAGAGCCAGUGAAAAUGUCUUCGCCAAAGGUCUCGUGGGCAGAUCCCAGCCCCCAACUUGCAAGUGAACUUCCUUAUCGCAUGGAUCAACCGGCAAGCCGGGCUGGCGAGGGCCUUUUUUCCAGAUCAUCCUCGCCGAAAUCUUACGGUUCUCAAUCCAAGUCAACACCCGCAUCCUCGGAAGUAUCUUCAAAGUCGUCGAGCGCGAAGGACCAUCCGGCGUUCAAGGUUCCAUCAUUGCCGCCUUUACCGUCGACAAGAGACCAGGAAAAUGAGCCGCCGCCAACCUUCAAGAGGGCCAAACCCCAAGGCCUCAACUUCCUUGACAAACCAGAAAAAUUCUCGGUCAUCUAUGACACGGACAAGAAGGAAGCUGCAGAAACUCCAGCCGGCAACUCUCCGCGUAAGAUCCUUGCUACCCGGAGUAACAAUACACCUCAUAGACCAGCGCCUCCGCCUCCAAAAAUGUCGGUGCUUGAGACUGCAACAGCCACCGGCGGCGCCUCAAGCUCACAAUCUCGAAAGAAACGCACCCAGGUCUCUAUUAAUCACAAACAUUUCACUCGGCUGGACUGUAUUGGCCGAGGAGGCAGCUCGCGCGUCUAUCGUGUCAUGGCAGAGAAUUACAAGAUCUUUGCUCUCAAACGCGUGAACCUCGAAGAUGUUGACCCUCUGACCUUGACCGGAUACAAGGGCGAGAUCGAUCUUUUGAAGAAGCUGGAGAAUGUGGAUCGUGUUGUGCGCCUCUUUGACUGGGAGCUAAACUCCGAUAAGCAUUCUCUUAGUGUUCUUAUGGAGAUUGGGGAGUCUGAUUUGGAGAAGAUUCUCACGUAUCGUCUCAAUGCCGAGGAUGCCGUUUUCGACAUCAAUUUCACCCGGUACUAUUGGAAGGAGAUGCUCGAAUGUGUACAGGCUGUACAUAAUUUCAAUAUCGUCCACUCUGACUUGAAGCCUGCAAAUUUCUUGAUGGUUCAGGGUCGAUUGAAAUUGAUCGACUUUGGCAUUGCAAAUGCGAUUCAAGACAACACUGUUAAUGUUCACCGAGAACAACAAGUCGGAACACCAAACUAUAUGUCGCCCGAGGCUUUAGUUGAUUCGAAUGCAUCUCUUGGUCUUCCAGCCAGCGUGGGCAAAAUGAUGAAGCUCGGGAAGCCCAGUGAUGUGUGGAGCUUGGGAUGUAUCUUGUAUAAGAUGGUGUAUGGCCAGCCGCCAUUUGCCAAGAUUGCCAAAUACUACGAACGUAUCAUGGCCAUUCCCAAUCCCCGUGUACAGAUCGACUUUCCAACACACGGCAUUGGUGGUGUACCGGUUCCACCCGGUUUGCUUCGAACCUUGAAACGAUGCCUCCAGCGUGACCAGACGCUUCGUCCAACCAUCGAAGAAAUGCUCGGCCCACGCGAUCCAUUCUUGCACCCAGAUGCCCAACUCGAGGGUGCCGUACCUGUCACUCAGGACAUGCUUGGCCGCAUCCUUGUCAAUGUGGUCAACCACUGCAAAGCUCGUGGCAUUCCCAAAGAAGAAGAGUUGGCCGCAUGGCCCGCUGGCUUCUUUGCGAAGAUCAAGGCAGCAUUGGAAGAAGAAAAUUCCUAA